AUGGCUAAUCCUGGAGGUGGUGCUAUUUGCAAUGGAAAUCUGCACAAGCACGAGAAACAGAGCGACGGCUCACCCACUGGAAACUGCGUGAAGAACGGGAUAGUGAAAGAAGCCCAGCAAAAUGGGAGGCCACAUUUUUACAAGCCAAUUGUUGAAUCCUUUGAGGAAGCACCUCUUCACGUUAUGGUUUUCACUUACUUGGGAUAUGGACUUGGAACCCUAUUUGGCUAUCUCAGAGACUUUUUGAGGAGCUGCGGGUUAGAAAAGUGUAAUGCAGCCAUAGAGCGAGAAGAGCAAAAAGAUUUUGUGCCGCUUUAUCAAAACUUUGAGAAUUUUUACACGCGGAACCUGUACAUGAGAAUCAGAGACAACUGGAACCGGCCCAUCUGCAGUGCCCCGGGGUCUCGGUUCGAUGUGAUGGAGAGGGUGUCGGAUGACUACAACUGGACAUUUAGGUUCACUGGAAGAAUCAUCAAAGAUGUCAUCAACAUGGGCUCAUAUAACUUCCUUGGCCUGGCUGCUAGUUACGAUGAAUCUAUGAGGACAGUAAAGGAUGUUUUAGAGGACUAUGGCUUAGGUGUGGCCAGCACCAGACAUGAAAUGGGAACCUUGGAUAAGCAUGAAGAAUUGGAGAACCUUGUGGCUAAGUUCCUGAAUGUAGAAGCAGCUAUGGUCUUUGGGAUGGGGUUUGCAACUAACUCAAUGAAUAUCCCUGCACUAGUCGGAAAGGGAUGCCUCAUUUUAAGUGAUGAGUUAAACCAUGCAUCUCUUGUACUUGGGGCCCGACUCUCAGGUGCAACCAUAAGGAUCUUCAAACACAACAACAUGCAAAGCCUAGAGAAGCUCCUGAGAGAUGCUGUAAUCUAUGGCCAGCCUCGAAUCCGCAGAGCGUGGAAGAAGAUUCUCAUCCUGGUGGAGGGCAUCUACAGCAUGGAAGGUUCCAUCGUGGAUCUGCCCCAGAUCGUGGCUCUAAAGAAGAAGUACAAGGCUUACCUCUACAUAGAUGAAGCUCACAGUAUUGGGUCCGUGGGCCCAACCGGCCGGGGUGUUGUAGAAUUCUUUGGACUGGACCCUCGAGAUGUUGAUGUGCUUAUGGGCACAUUCACCAAAAGUUUUGGAGCUGCAGGAGGUUACAUAGCUGGAAGGAAGGACCUUGUGGAUUAUUUAAGAGUUCACUCACAUAGUGCUGUUUAUGCUACAUCCAUGAGCCCUCCAGUAGCUGAGCAAAUCAUCAGAUCAAUGAAAUUUAUCAUGGGACUGGAUGGUACCACGCAAGGGUUGCAGAGAGUAAGGCAACUUGCAAAAAACACAAGAUACUUCAGACAGAGACUGAAUGAAAUGGGAUUCAUUAUCUAUGGCAAUGAGGAGUCUCCCGUCAUUCCCCUGCUCCUUUAUAUGCCUGCUAAAGUAGCGGCUUUUGCAAGGCAUCUAUUAAACAGAAAAAUCGGGGUGGUGGUCGUUGGAUUUCCAGCUACUCCCCUCGCAGAAGCUCGGGCUCGGUUUUGUGUUUCAGCGGCACACACCCGGGAGAUGCUAGACACGGUGUUGGAAAACCUGGAUGAAAUGGGUGAUCUUCUGCAACUGAAAUAUUCUCGGCACAGGAAGUCAACACGCCCCGAACUCUACGAUGAGACAAGCUUUGAACUGGAAGAUUAAGUUUCCUGGUCCUGAAUUGCACCUAAAAACUUUGCCCGAAAGACCCCCAUUUUGCCUCAAAAGGAAUACAAAUGGAUUUCUCCCCUCUUUCUAAGGACAAUUUUGGUUUCCAAACCAGCUUAAUUGAACUGAAGGAAAGGUUGUGUUUUUAAUAUCUCCAGCUCGGGACUGCAGAGACAAAAAUAUGGUUCCAGAUUUUAACUUUCUCCUCUCCCAAGUAUCCUGCUACAAAUACACACACACACACACACACACACACACACACUUCCUAUAACAUUUUUAAUGGCAAUGAGCCUGUGUUUUAGCUGCUCCUGUGCAGACUCUUUGGUCCAGACUCUUUCAGGCAUUCCAACCAAAGGAGAGGGCUUCGAUUUUUAAUUCAGUAGAUCUCCCUAUGUGUGUACUUAUUUCAUCUGCAGAUGUGAGCAAGGGUGGUGGGCAGUAGCUGACCUCCUUGUUUCACCCAUGAAUGGCCCAGCUAGAACUCAUCUGUAUCAUGGGGAGCUCCAGGCAGGAGGGUAAAGAAAUGUUGCUUCUACCAUUUGCCACAUUUGGACUUUUUCCAAGGAUAAGUGUCAAAAGCUAUAGUUAAUGUUUAGAGGGAGAGAGCGGGACUGGCCAGCCAGUAACUCCAGCCGUCUUCGAAGGAAACUCCUUUUCCUCUUCCUGGUCUCCUACAGUUUUACAGCUGAGUUUUUGAGGUUUGGAAAAUUCAAGACUUUUGUUUCAUAAGGAAGGGUGGGCAGAAAGCAAACACAAGCCAAUUGUAGGCCUAGACUCAAACCGUAAUGUUAUAACAACUGGAAGGCUGUUGGUGCCAUGUGGAGUGAAUGUUUAGCUUGCAUACAUAACCCUUAUUACUUUAAGGAAUGAGUUGUCAUUUUCCUAUUAAAUUUUGAGUAAAUGGUGAGAUGCAGUUUCCUUUAGAGUUGACUCUCAAGACUAUACUUGAAUGUAUUAAUUCAAAAAUGACAUUAAAAAGCAAAUUCUAUUUAACAUUUUUAAGACUGACACCCCUGUUCAGGCCUAUUAAAUAGUCCUUACCGUCUGCUGGCACAUGCAAUCCGAUUUUGGUGUAAAGUGGGCUUGCACACUAUUGAGCAAAGAACUGUAAUUUCCUUGAGUUCUCUCU